GGGUGUUGCCUUCAAGUAGCCAUAUUGAGAGCAGUGUGAGUCUGUGUGUGAUGUGGAUGGAGUGCAGGUCGCGCUGAACACUCAUAAUUCCUGCACACAGCCACUUGUGACGAUGGCGACCAGCGAGGUGGAUGCUUUUGCGAAUGAAGAGAAGCGAACUCUGGAGCUCGGUGGCCAUGUGGGGUUUGACAGCCUUCCAGAUCAGCUGGUCAGCAAAGCAUCUGCACAGGGAUUCUGCUUCAACAUCCUCUGUGUGGGUGAGACCGGGAUCGGCAAGUCCACAUUGAUGAACACUCUUUUCAAUACAACAUUUGAAAAUGAGGAAGCCAGCCACUAUGGGCAAAUGGUGGAGCUGCGCCCACACACGUAUGAACUGCGGGAGAGCAAUGUCAACCUCAAGCUGACUGUUGUACACACUGUAGGGUUUGGAGACCAGAUCAACAAAGAACAGAGCUACAAACCCAUUCUUGAGUAUAUCGAUGCCCAGUUUGCGAAGUUUCUUGAAGAGGAGCUAAAAAUAAAGCGCUCCCUGUUUAACUACCACGACACGAGGAUCCACAUCUGCCUGUAUUUCAUCGCCCCCAACGGACAUUCUCUGAAGUCCCUCGAUCUCGUCACGAUGAAGAAACUGGACAGCAAGGUGAACAUCAUCCCCGUGAUUGCGAAGGCAGACACUGUGUCCAGGAAUGAGCUAGAAAAGUUAAAGAUCAAGGUUAUGAGUGAGCUGGUCAGCAAUGGAGUCCAGAUAUAUCAGUUUCCCACAGAGGAUGAGGCUGUUGCAGAGAUCAACUCCUCUAUGAAUACUCUUCUGCCGUUUGCUGUGGUUGGAAGCGUAGACGACGUGAAAGUAGGAAAUAAGAUGGUGAAAGGAAGGCUGUACCCUUGGGGAUCUGUGGAGGUGGAAAACGAAAAGCAUUGUGAUUUUGUGAAGCUGAGGGAGAUGGUGCUGCGUGUGAACAUGGAGGAUCUCCGGGAGCAAACGCACGCUCGUCACUAUGAGCUGUACCGUCGCUGCAAGCUGGAAGAGAUGGGCUUCAAGGACACAGGCACUGACAGCCAGUCGUUCAGCCUGCAGCAGACGUACGAAGCCAAGAGGAAGGAAUUUCUUGUGGAGCUGCAGCGCAAAGAAGAAGAAAUGAGACAGAUGUUUGUCAACAAAGUGAAGGAGACAGAAGCUGAGCUGAAAGAGAAAGAAAAAGAGCUUCAUGAGAGGUUUGAGCAGCUCAAGCGUAUGCACCAAGAAGAAAAGAAGAAUCUGGAGGAGAAAAGACGAGAGCUGGAGGAGGAGAUGAAUGCCUUCAAUAGGAGGAAGGUUGCAGCAGAGACACUGAUGGGACAGGCACUCCAAGGUUGCUCACAGCAGCCAUUCAAAAAGGACAAAGACAAGAAGAAUUGAUUUAUGGAUCAAACAUCAGUGGAAACCAGGAAUGUUUGUGCCAUCAGCAUGGGAAAAACGAUCUUACGGAUGAGAAAGGGAGCCUUGUUCAGUGUAUUUAAGUUUCAUAUGCUGAUUGUGCUAAACACAUAAUAAUAAAUCAAUGGACGUUUUUCAUAACAUGUAACUUGUGUAGUUUUAUGUUCUUGACAAGAAUGUAUGUUCAUCUUCAGUUGUAAAUUUAAGUCUCUGGUUUUCAAUGAGACACUAACAGAACUUUAUAUUAAAAAAUGAAUAUUGAAUAAUCUUUUUACGUAUAUAUUAAUACAUUUAUUCACAAGAUGCUUUGUAAUGUAUAUGAAUAUACUGAUCUUUUUUAAUUGUUGUUUUUCUCAGGUGAUAUCUUUCAAUUGCCUAAGCAGUGUUCUGUGCAGCGUUAUGAAGAACAUGAUUAAAUUUACUGACAGUGAAUCUGGAAAUGAACACAAUUUCUUUGUCUUCAUUUGCAUUUAAAUAAAGAGAGAUGAUGGGAAACAGAAUAGAGCAUCAGUUUGUGUGUCACCUGAACCCAUUUCCAUCGGAAUGCCUCAGUGCUUUGGGACUUCCAUCGCAUGAGCCCUUUGGUU